AUGUCUGAGCUCGACGUACAGAUUCCUACCGCCUUUGAUCCCUUUGCUGAGGCAAAUGCUGAGGACUCAGGUGCUGGGACAAAAGAGUAUGUGCACAUUCGUAUACAGCAACGGAACGGCAGGAAAAGCCUGACAACCGUGCAGGGAUUGAAGAAGGAGUUUAGCUACAACAAGAUACUCAAAGACCUUAAGAAGGAAUUUUGCUGCAAUGGUACAGUUGUCCAGGACCCAGAACUAGGACAGGUCAUUCAGCUUCAAGGUGAUCAGAGAAAGAAUGUGUCUUCCUUCCUCGUCCAGGCCGGCAUUGUGAAGAAAGACAACAUAAAAAUUCAUGGUUUCUGA